GUGAAUUUCACAGUACAAAACCAGCUACCAAGCUGGCGGCGGCUUAACAACGCGAUCUUGGGAAUGGACAUGUCGGAAGAAGGCGCAGAUGGAGUCGACUUUGACUACCUCGUGGAACUAAUCCGCAGUGCCGUGGGUCCUUACGUCGUGGACGAGAACGGGGACCCUGUGACGCCGCUGCAGCUGCUGCCUCGACCUCGUACAGCGCUGGGAGCUCACUUCAAUCUUGGAUUUGAGUUCGAAGAAGGUAUUGAUGACAGUGGCGAUUCAUGCGAAGAAGGUGAGGUCGCCUACCGACCCGACGAAGGGAUGGAAGGGCAGGUCCAUACAUGGAUGCCUUCAGGCUAUACAGACAUAGCGCAUUCUCGGAGCCAGGUACAGGACGACGUGGUCACUAGUGACGUGAUUCCGUCGACUGCGACCCUCGCGCAAGCGCCGUUCUUUCUGCGACCGCUGUCCCCUGACUGCUUGUCUCCACAAUCCCGCAUCGAACGCGUUCUUGGUCCAGGCGCUUCCCUGGAACCACGUCCUCCUGCGCGUCGGCGGCAUCCGUUCGACUCGAACAAUCAAGCUUCACCACCACCGCGACGCACUCGCGUCGGCCACGUGCCACCCGCGUCCUUUAACGUGCACGCCACCAUCUUCUCGGACGAAUCUGACGACGAAGAUGCGCAGGACGACGACAUGCACAACUCGACGCUGUCGUCGGUCUCGUCCGAUCUAGACACCAACGACGAUACCCAUCACAUGAUGCAUGCUUCCAACGGCGUCCGCAGCUUGCCGCAUCUUGUGUUUCCUCAUUUGGUAGCGCUCGGCUUUGACGCAGCCACGACCCUCUCGGCCCUGCAAGCUCAUGUCCACGACCUUCAAACCCUGCAAACGAAUGGCCACGACGACAGUGUAGACGACGACGACGACGACGACGACGGGAACGAGAAGGACGUGCUGGCGUUUGUGGCGCUGGUGCAAAGCGUCGUGGACGGCCACGUUGGGCGUGGGAAUGCCGACAACCAGACGCCGCCGCCGCCUCGUCCGGACGUCGCCUCCAUGCUGCGUAAACUCAUUCUGCAGCCGAUUCCGCCCGACACGACCUUUCCUUGGCCAGUGUUUGACAUGGCGCAGUAUGAGUUUGGAACGUCCCGACCGGGUACGAGCUUUGGGUGUGUGGUUGUGGUCGUCAACUUGCCGCGGGUAGCCGCCGCCGGCCGUGCGUUCGACGCUGUCCGUCAGCUGCUGCUCGUGCACUUGUUUAGCAUGGUGUCGAACCCGCUGCAAGUGAUUUUACCCCUAGGCCCCCCAAAUGCCACGACAAUGAAAGGCCAUGGAUUUGUGGAGUUUCAGAACCGCCAGCAAGCGACCGUGGCGGCGCGAACGCUGGACGGACUCCAGUGGUGCCACGAUGCCCCGCCGAUCCGAUCGAUGCUGUUUCGGGAGUACCAUGGCAGCAAUGCUACUACUAGUACUAGUACUACUACUAGUACUACUACCUGCCAUGCCAAGGAAGCAGUGGACGACCUGACUUUGCAUGCGAUGGACCUGAUGAGCGAAGACGAGGACGGCCGUAGUGGGGACAACAACCUGAGUCUGCGCAAUGACCAGCUCGAGUACUUGAUCCAUUACGUUGAGCAAGAUCGCGACGCGAUUCUGAUGGAAAACGAAGAGCUCAAAGACAAGCUCGAGGCGUACCGACAGCGCGAACAUGAGCAGGAGGAGGCGCUGCACAGCCUCUCGGGCCUACGCAAGCGCAUCCAAGUCAACGAGCACAAGUACAGAGAUCACUUGAAGCACAUGCGACAGAGUGAGCGCGCCAUCGAGUGUCUCAAGCGGCGCAUGAGCGAGCUCACGGGAAACACGCAGGCACUGCAUGCGCUCAGUGUGUCGGAACUGCGCGACUUGGAAGACACGCUCGACACUGCCUUGUACAAGGCGCGGGCGGUCAAGGAGCAAAAGAUUGUCGAGCAGCGCCAAGCGCUGGACAGACAGGUGGAGGUGCAGCAAGAGCUCAAGCUGUGUGUGAUUUGCAUGUCGGCAGAGAAGACCAUCCUGUGCCUGCCGUGCCGCCACGUGUGCAUGUGUCAGCCAUGCUCGGAGCAUUCCGAAGUCACGCGGUGUCCCAUCUGUCGGCUCGACAUUGCCGAGAAGAUGGCCAUCUUUGCAUAA